GAGAAAACUGAAAAAGAUGAGGACACACGAGGGCGCGGUUCAGCACUAACCCUAUUUGCCGUAGUUGGAAGUCUGCGAAUACUUUGAGAAGGCAGCCUUAGGCUGCAUGGCCCCCGAGCUUUGUCAGCCAUGGAUGAAGACGUGCCGCCUCCCGGACCACCUCUCAAAUCUAUUCUACGAAAGUCCGCGUCGCCUGAGCCAGACGACGAUUCAGAGGAAGCUGAGGCCACUUAUGAGACGGGUUACGAAUACGUGGGCGACCCAGAGAGCGAUGCCGCCGCUGCCAAGGGCAACUGGCUUCCAUCCCUCGCCGGGUACAAGUCAGUCGUCAUCUUUACCGUGUGUUGCCUGCUAGCAGCUUCCCUCAUCGUAGGGCUGUCGCUGACGAAAUCCCGCCCCAGGACUCAUCGUAAAGAAGCUCGCAGACACAACGAGACAACGGAAAACAUCAACAACGAAGGGGUGACAACUCCUGAGAACGAUGUCACUUCUAAGCUGACUACGACACCUGUACAAGGGAAUGAAACAACGUUCUCUGGACCAGCUUCGACAGCAGACACAACGCAAGGAACAAGCGGCAUGACGUCGUCGGUAUCACUUGCGACUACGAGGAAGUCGACGACAAAGAAGUGGGUUACAAGACCAACAACCAAAAAUCUGAAGAUGAAAACAUCGACAACGAGGGAGCUCAAAAAAGGACCAAAUAAGCCAACAAGGAAACCUAAGAUAUCCAAGCAGCAUCUACAAAAUGGCACAUGGUCAACUCCUGUCGUGCAGACAAUAAAGAAAAGCUCAUGGGCGUCAACUGCGAGAAGCAUGUCACCAUCUUUACAUCAUGUACUCUUGUCCAAAGGAGCUCUGAAUGCCGCGGAGACCACGGAGAAGGAUUCCACUGUUGUAAAUAGUCCGUUGUCUCCCGCAUCUUGAUGAUCACCUGGUUUGCGCUGCUGUGCUGCAUAUCUUUGCUGUGACAUGUACUGUGACGUCGCGCGUGAACAUAUUUAUUGGUGCACGUAUUUUGAACUAGCGUUCUCAGUAAAUAGCCAUACUGUUGGUGACAAAAACUCAAUGCUACAUAGCGUAACUGCACGCUAUACAUCAAAGACGCACAGAAUAAAAUUUUACAGUUGCA